AUGGCAUUAUCUGCAUCGUCAUCUCAUUCAUCUAAAUCAUAUGAACGUAAAUAUUAUGAAUAUGAACGAUCACCAUAUUCAUUUGUAACACCAUCAGCACUGAUUUAUCAAGCAACAGAUCGAAUUCAAUCAUUAUCAAAACCAAAAAUACGUAAAGAUACAACAAUACGAGAAGGUUAUUCUCGUUAUAUAAGUAAUCCAGCAUAUUCAGGUGUUAGUAAAGCUGCAACAAAUGCUGAAUGUUCAUCACAUCUUAGUAAUUUAGCUUUACCAUUAGAACGACGUGAAUCCUAUCAAUUUGAAUUACCUCUUCCGAGACCUGUAUCACGUUCGGCACUUAGAUAUCAAGCAACAGAAAGAAUCAAUGAAUUAGCUUUACCGAGAAAACAAUCCAGUACUCAUUAA